AUGCCGAUCGCUACUUCGGACCGGAGCCCGCUGAGUCGACUACGAGCGCAUCAGCAGGAGUAUCUGGAGUACCUGCCCUUGACGGAGAGGGUACAGGCGGAUCUGAAGGAAGAUGUGGAUACACUAAGGGCGCAGGAGGGGUGGGAUGUGGGAACGAGUCGCGGAGUGGACGACUGGGUUGAUGACACGGGAGCUAUGUGGAGGGCUCUGAGGCGCCAUCGGUAUGACCCCGACAAGGCCCUCGCCGGCCUCCUUUCCACCCUCACCCACCGCCUCUCUCGCUCCCUCCACGCUGCGCCUCCAUCGUCCAACCCGUACUCGACCUCUGCUCUCUUUCACAUAUUACCGCUACCGAAUUUUGCGACUCGUAAAGGUCAGCCAGUGGUGUUAAUUACGCUACGCGAGGUCCGGCGAGACGCUCAAGGCGGCUUAGGGGAGAUGAAGGAAUGGACGUGGUGGGCUCUGGAGAUGGUUCGGCGAGUAUUGAAGGGAUGGUGGGUGGUCGGAGCAUUCCCAGAUGGACAUGAGCCUCACCGGGAUUUGAAGCGAAGUGUUGAAGGGCGAGGGUAUGGAGGCGAGGGAUGCGUGCUGGUCAUUGACGCAGAGGGAGCUGGGUAUCGUAACCUGGAAGUAGAACUCCUCCCGACUCUUCUCUCGGUGGGGCAUAACCACUUCCCAGGGGUCUUCGACUCGGUUCACGUCGUCAAUGCGGGAUGGACCCAUCGGUCCAUGUGGACCGUGGUCAAGCGGAUCCUGCCCAAGUCGGCGCUCGAGAAGGUGAAUUUCCUGGAUACGAAGGAGGCACUCGAGUCGGUAUUUUACCUGGACAGGCUGCCUCAAUGUUAUGGUGGAUCAGACACAUGGACUUUUUCUCCCGAAAAUAACCCCAUGUUUGAAUACUGCUCCAAACCUUCGGCCAACUCGUCCACCUUGAUCGUACCUACUCCUACUCUUCCAACGAUCUCCCCGCCUGCCCCCGCCCUUCCGCUUCCCUCCAGUCGGUCAGCUUCCACCACAUCCCUCGCCGACGUAUACUAUACCGCUCAGAACACUCCCGCCAGCAGUAGGCCCAGUACCCGUCCAUCCAGCCGCCGAGGCAGUCUUUCCGGAUUGACGGGUACGAACGCCUUGAACGACCUUCGCAUGACGUCGACCGCUCUCCAUCGGGCGCGCUCCACUGGCAACUCCGAGCGUGGAGAUGGGGUGAGCGCCAAGGAAGGCCAGAGAAGGCCGUACGCUCGCCGUCCAUCCACUGUGCGACCCGUGUCGCCGGGAAUGUCACCCCUUCAGCGGAUCAAAUCCCUCUCGGACUUUCAUCUCUACCUCUCUCCUUCGCGCCUGGCCAACCUGGACCUGCUAUCCGACUCGGAUUCCGAGGCUUCCACUCCUCGUGCAGGGAAUAAGCGACCUCUACUACCGGCGGUCGUCGACCCGGAAGCGACAAUCUCCCGGGCAAAGUCAAUUGCGGAUCGCCGCACAAGACCGCCACUGCGCCUGCUGGGGGUGGCCGCGGGCGGUGACGAGGCGGGCGAGAGCGUGCGGAGCUAUUCGGAUCAGCUCAGCUUGCACCAUGCGCACAUCCUGCGGGGAUAUCAGCGGUCGCCGACUACUCUGGCGGGGGACACCCGACAAGCCGAUGCGGCGGCGGGAAAAGGUCAGGGCUACGAAGCACCUGACGUCGCUGCCCUCGCAGACGCAGGCAACCGUCCAGGCGAAGAUUACCCCUCGGAAGUCCACCGCGUCUCGGCCUACUCGCGCACUUCCAACCCCUGGUUCGGCUACCCCGCUCUCCGCCUCUCCACCUCGGGCGUGGUCCCCCUCUACCCUCGAAACCGGAAACGGGAUCUCGUCAAAACCCUCCUCUUCCUCUUCAUGCUCCGCCUACAGUCAUUCCGAGAUCGGGCGGAACGAUGGCUUGGACUACACCACCUCGGCGCCAUCCCCUGGAGUCGGCGCGGGAGCAUCAGCAGCGAGAAGACGGGGCCGGACGAGGGGCUCAAGAGGCAGGCGAUGGCAAAGAGGGAUAAAGGGGUGAUGGGCGGCUGGAGAGCGAAGGGCGAGUGGGUGUGGAUGUUCAUAUGCUUGGUACUCUUCCGAGGAGGGUGGAGUAGGGUGCUGGGGUGGAUACCGCUGGAUGCGUUGGGAAUGGGAGGGGUGAGAGAUGUGUUGGGACUGGGGUAA